UAGGCCAAGUUGGCAUAAGAAACGGACAGUGCUUCUUUGUGUGAGCCUGUGAGGAGGGAGGAAGGAGCCAAGCAAGGGAAGCCGCCAUUAUAAGCAGCUUGAAAAGGCGUGAGUUCUCACGUAUGGCGACUGCUUCAGAGUUUUGACUCGGGCGCGCCAGCCAAGGAAGGGACAGGAGCACACGGCCUAUGGCGCUAUACAUAUACGCGAUCACGGACCCUGUGGGAUGAUAUCUUAUCCUUGGCGCGCGGAGGAGAGAGAGCAGGAAAGAGAGGAGGAGAGGAGAGGACAGAGCUGCCGCGCGCGCCCGAGACCGGGAGAGAGAAGAUCAGCAGCAGUCCGAGAGGAGAAGGCGCGAAAAAAAAAAGAUGGGGAAGGGCGUCCUGGAGGUGCAUCUCGUCGACGCCAGUGGCCUCUCCGGCAACGAUUUCUUAGGGAAGCUGGACGCGUACGUGGUCGUGCAGUACCGGAGCCAGGAGCGCAAGAGCAGCGUCGCCCGAGACCAAGGGAGGAACCCGUGCUGGAACGAGGUGCUCAAGUUCCAGAUCAACUCCUCCGCGGCGAACGUGCAGCACAAGCUCAUCUUCCGGAUCAUGGACCAAGACCACUUCUCCAGCGACGACUUCCUCGGGGAAGCAACGAUCGACGUGACGGAUAUAAUCAGCUUGGGCACGGAGCACGGCACGUACCAGCUGAACACAGCGAAGCACAACGUGGUCCUCGCGGACAAGACGUACCACGGCGAGAUCAGGGUUGGCAUCAGCUUCACCGCCGCCCAGGUACAGGAAGAUGGGGGAGAAUUCGGAGGCUGGAGUCACAGCUUUAAUGAGUAGAAGAUGUGGGUAAUGAACCUCGAUGUUCUUUCGUUGCUUAGUAGUAAUAUUCAGCUUGGAUGUAAUGUUUAUACCAACAGCAGCUUAUGCUUAAGAUUGAUGUGACUCAAAUGUACGUCACAUUCUUGGCUCUUUACAUGUAUAUUCAAGAACCGUCAAAUCCGUAUGACUUUGAGUCGUCAUGAAUUUAGAGAUUGUUGAUGACCAA